CAGUCUUUAUUGCCAUGAAGAAUUCUGCUCAGUGUUUAUGGUACAGUUCAAAUGUAACUUCUAUGAAGGUUUCUGGGCUCUCGUGGAGUUAAUCUCAUCUAACUCCUUUAUGAUAGCCCACUGAUCAUUGGCCUGAUAGCUACUUGUGCAUUGCUAUCACCUCCAUUUUUGUUUAUUCUACUCAUUUACGUACCAUUUUUAUUUAUGUACGGUUUUGAUGUGUGGUCUGAGUUUUAACAAGAAUGUACCGUUGUGUAACUACCACCACCAUAGAUCCAGACAGUUGCAUCGCCCCCAAAUCCCCUUGUGCUGCCCUUUGAAGUUCCUCCUCCCCACAACCCCAGCCCCUGGCAACCGCCGACCUGUUUCUAUUCCUAUACUUUUGUCUUUUUCAGGAUGCUGUAUUAAUAGAAUCAGACACCAUGUAGCCUUUUGAGUCUCCUCCAUUUUGUGGUGAGUGUUUAUGGAUCCGGGAUAGCAUCAAAUUCAUCUGGAGUGGGCUCCAGGAAUUUGCAGUUCUAACAGCUUCCAGAGGAUGCUGAUGGUGUGCUCUGGGAAUCCCGCUUUGAGAACCACCAAUCUACAGGCUUUAUGCUAUUAUCAAGUGUCUCGGGUGAUAUUUAUAUGCCUGCGGUUUUGGGAAUUCCAGCUUCAGUGCCAUUGAAAGGGGAGGGAGUGGGCUUGUGGCACUUUUAUAUACCAAACAUGGCUCUCUGGCCAUGGCAUCAGUCCUCACCAGCGAUAACUUCUUCAGCUCCCCUUGACUCAAGAAGCAGAGGACACUGGGAUUUGUUUGAUUCAGUCACUCUCCCCUCGGGAGGGAAACCAAGGUGAAGGCAUCCGGCUCUUGUAGAGGGUGCCAAUGCCAGUCACGGGCACAACCAGUCCAGUUCUCUCUAGUUCUGACACAGGUUUGCACAGUGUUGGUGUGGAAACCACGGGCGAGGACGUGUAUGCGGUCCUGGAGAAAACCAAUGGGAUUAAGGCCGGAUCCUGAUUUUGAGGGACAGCUCCCUCGGGUGUUGGGGAUUAACUGUAACAGCUGCCUUCCUGCCCAUUCGAGGAGAAAUAGGAGAGAGAAGAAAAGACUUGUUUAAAGGAUACGGCUCUGCAACUUGGAGGGGGGAAGCCAGUCCCUCAAGCCUGAAGGAAAGCGUGUUCCUAGGAAAGGGCAGGAUGAGGGUCCUGGCCACCCUCGGAGGCUGGGCCUGUGCAGCCCUCUGCCUGGCUUCCUGCUCAGCUGCCUUUUCCCAUGGUGCUGGCUCGGUGGCCUGUGAGGAUAUGCAGCCCAAACACAUUCGAGCCCAGCCUCAGGACCCACGGACCCACCACAUCACCAUUCACGCCGGCAGGUCUUCCUACUCACCAGGUGACUCGGUUCCAGUGACCGUGACGAGCAGCCGUGAUUUCAUGGGAUUUCUACUUCAGGCUCGAAGAGUGUCUGAUCACCAAAUAGCUGGCACUUUUGUUUUCAUUCCUCCUCAUUCCAAAGCAAUGGCUUGUUUUCAAGACGCUGACACAGUCACCCACUCUGACAAGUCCCGGAAGAGAAAGCUGUCCUUCGAGUGGAAGGCCCCUGCCCAGCCUGUGGGAGACAUCACAUUCCUUUUGUCAGUUGUCCAGUCCUAUUUCGUUUACUGGGAGAGGAUCGAAUCAUCUGUUGUGUCUCAACAGACACACCGCGGAGCCCACGCUGACGGCCGCGAGCAGCCCGGCUCAGCGAGGCCAACAUCUGGCUGGUGGCAGGAGGCAAACGAAAGCAGCGCCCCAGCUCCCAGUGCGCCCGGCGCUCUUCCCCAGCAGCGUGCAAACAUUUUUGCUGUUGCCCCAACUGGAACUGCAGAGGAGAACAGCAUAGAUCCUUUUCCUGCAAGUUUUUGGGUGACAGAGAUUCCCAGGGGUGCAGAGACUCUGUUCCAAUCAUCUUCACACACAGCUACUGCAGUCAGCAAUGGCCAGCAACCCAGAGGGGACAGCAACCCGACCCUAGAACCAUCCCUGGAUAUCCGCGGGCUGGAGAGACUCAUGGCCCUCAGGAGUUUCUUCUCAGAGGGCAUUGCUUCCAGCCCUAGCACCCACCUCAGGACUCAGGAUGAUCCAAGCUUUGAUUCAUUGGAAACUUGCCUGCCCUUGGAUAGGGAUGAACAGGACAAAAUGGAGUCCUCUAAUAAGACCGUGAUGAGGCCCGCUCAGUCCACUGCCCAUCUCACCUAUCCUCGGCACCUCUGGCCGUCUGAAGCACUCACUGGGAAUGGGGCUGGGGAAGCCACCCCAACUCCUGUCUUCCACAACUCUCCUGCUUCCAGGUCACCUGCUGCUGGCAGCCAGCCAAGAGCAUCUGGACCUUCUGCCAGCUUCUCACCUCAGUCAAAGCGCAAGGAGCCCAGAGUGGGGGAAGGACAUGGAGGGGACAGAGUGGGAUACCCCAGAAAGACCCAGCCAAGGCCUGAGGUUGGGCAAGAGGGAGCCAGUGCCCCUUCAGGGAUCCAGCUCAGGACUCCCCAGCUGGGACUCCUGCUUUGCCUUUCCGCCACCUUGGGCAUGGCCCUGGCUGCCGGCCUCCGCUGCCUGCACAAGCAGCAUUGCCACAGACAGACAGAAGUGUCCUUCGGCGAGCCCGCCGGGGAUGCUGUUGCCAGGAGCGACAGUGGCGAGCCAGCGCGUGUCAGAAAGAUUGGGGAGAACAGUUUUGUUUUGGUUGAAGCGGAAUACAACUGGAUCACUUCCUCUGUGGGUAGCGAGAAAACAGUCCUCUGAGAAGACCGUCUUACCGGGCCUCCGAGUGGCCCUCCGUGGACCCUGCAGUGUCUCAGCCAGAACGGAGCUAAUGAGAAUAGCUGAUGAGGACAGGGACUCGCUGUGCCCCCUCAGCGAGCAGUUAGCAGAGGAAGCUGUGAAAGGACAGUUUUAUCAACAGAGGGAGUUCUUCCCGAGCUUUGUUGUCUUAACAUCUGUAAUUUAGCUGCUUUUUUUCUAUUCACAAUUAGACGUUCUGUUUGAAGAGUUAAACUCGGCACAAUGAAUAUUGUAUAACCUGCUCGUUAACUAGACUCCUGUGGCCGCCAAGCUUCCUCUGCUGCCUUAAGGAACCUGCGGAGAGAGAAAUUCUGUCCCUCCUCGGCACGUCAGCCUCGUCCCCUCUAACUCUUUGAAAAAAAGUAAUGUUGGGGUAGUGUCUCCAGUAAGCAAAAGAACCGCAGCGUCACUUCACCUCUCCAAGCAGCCCCGGAAAAGCUUCAUUGUCAGAACCAGCCUUCAAAACUGGCCCUGCUUCGGUUGACUUGGUGAGUGCAAGGGUAUUCCGUCUUCUUGGAAACUCAGGAGCCUGGCAAAUCCCCCUCGGAAAUUGAUCUGAAGCAAGGACAGUUUUAGAGAGCUUGAUCGAACACAUCUGUGGGGAAACGUGUAUGUGCCGCAUAAACACCAGAGAGGGGUAAGCAAGCCCCUUCAUCAGGUGCAACUGGAUCUGAGACCUCCCACCCAUUUACACGUGAUGGGAGGCUUACGUAUCCGGACAGCCGGCAAACAUAUUGCCUUUUGCCAAAGGUCAGGCUGGAAAAAAUGAUGAUACCACACAGUUUGAGGAAGAGGUCCUACUCAUCUUUUCAGGGAGAAAAAGAAGACAGCGUCAUGGACAAAGACCAUCUUCCUGCUCUUGUGACUUAGGAAGAUCACUUCGAUUUAGCCUAGUGUCCCAUAGAUGUUAUGUGCGGCCAAGACGACAGGUUUGAAUAUAACUAUUGAAUAUGCUUGGGUAAGAGGACACAUAGAAAUUAGCUGCCUUUUCAGAGGUAAACCUGUUCCAGAGUCACGAAACAUUUUAAUAUAGAAACAAAAAACCACUAUACAUUUGGAAAGGGUGAUUAUUUAUCGAGCACCUAAAUCCCACAGGUACUGUGCUAAGAAAUUCGCAUACAUUUUCACAUUUAACUCUCACAACGACUCAAUGAAGAAUAAGUUCAUACUAACUUGCCUAAGAGAGAAACGGAUUUGUGACUUCUCAAUCCAACAAUAAAAACAUGUUUUUAAAAACUGGGUGUAUGGGAAAGAGAUAAAUCCCACUGUUUUUCCAGCCUCUUUUAGCUCUUAGGGCACUAAUUCCGAGGUUGUUUCCUCCUGGAUUC